CCACGGCGGAGUGAAUGCGUUGUCAUAGUAACUGACAGAGGCAGGCAGCAGGCCGGCCCCAGCCGCCUCAGCUCCUCCGUGUGUGGGUGAGAGCAGGGAGCCGCCGCCAGCGCCGGACAGACAGAGGCCGGGGGAGCGGAGCGGGGAGCGCCGGGAUGGAGGACGGAUUCUCCAGCUACAGCAGCCUCUAUGACACGUCCUCGCUGCUCCAGUUCUGCAACGAUGACAGUGCCUCUGCUGCAAGCAGUAUGGAGGUAACAGACCGCAUUGCUUCUCUGGAGCAGCGUGUCCAGAUGCAGGAAGAUGACAUCCAGCUGCUCAAAUCUGCCCUGGCUGAUGUGGUUCGACGUUUGAAUAUUACAGAGGAACAGCAGGCCAUGCAGAACAAGAAAGGACCUACCAAAGAUCAGAGUAUGACUAAAAAAGCAGCAGCUGCUGAGCCUGAUAAACAUGUUAGUGCUGCUACCACAGCUAGACCGUUGGUACAAACACUGCCAUUAAGGACAACUGUUAAUAAUGGAACCGUGUUACCAAAGAAACCAAGUGGCUCUCUACCUUCCCCAUCAGGAACCAGGAAGGAAACUGUGUCACCAGCAACAAAGAGUACUGUCAAAAGAACCAGCUCAGCUGAACGUGUAUCCCCAGGAGGUCGAAGGGAAAGCUAUGGAGAUUCCAAAGGCAGCCGCAAUCGCACUGGAUCCACCAGCAGUUCUUCUAGUGGUAAAAAGAACAGUGAGAACAAACCCAAGGAACCAAUGUUCAGUGCAGAAGAAGGAUAUGUAAAAAUGUUUCUGCGUGGACGUCCUGUUACCAUGUACAUGCCCAAAGAUCAAGUGGAAUCUUACAAUUUGGAAGCAAAAGUAGAACUACCAGCCAAGAGGCUUAAACUGGAAUGGGUCUAUGGGUAUAGGGGUCGGGACUGUCGCAGUAACCUAUACCUACUUCCAACGGGCGAAACUGUGUAUUUCAUUGCAUCAGUAGUUGUGUUAUACAAUGUUGAAGAACAACUUCAGAGACAUUACACUGGUCACAAUGAUGAUGUGAAGUGCCUAGCUGUCCAUCCUGACCGGAUCACCAUAGCAACAGGUCAGGUUGCAGGUACCUCUAAGGAUGGAAAACAAUUACCACCCCAUGUACGUGUUUGGGAUUCUGUUACUUUGAAUACACUGCAUAUCAUUGGGAUGGGCUUUUUUGACCGUGCUGUCACCUGCAUUGCUUUUUCUAAGUCUAAUGGAGGAAGUAACCUUUGUUCCGUGGAUGAUUCAAAUGACCAUGUGCUUUCUGUAUGGGACUGGCAGAAGGAAGAGAGGCUGGCAGAUGUCAAGUGUUCUAAUGAGGCGGUAUUUACAACAGAUUUUCAUCCUACAGACACAAAUAUAAUAGUUACAUGUGGAAAAUCACACCUUUACUUUUGGACGUUAGAAGGGAACUCCCUUAUUAAAAAGCAAGGAUUAUUUGAGAAACAAGAGAAGCCAAAGUUUGUCCUGUGUGUGACCUUUUCUGAAAAUGGUGAUACAAUUACAGGAGACUCAAGUGGAAACAUCUUAGUCUGGGGAAAAGGUACAAAUAGAAUAAGCUAUGCACUUCAAGGAGCCCAUGAGGGUGGCAUUUUUGCACUUUGCAUGCUGCGAGAUGGUACACUAGUAUCAGGAGGUGGAAAAGACAGAAAACUAAUAUCUUGGAAUGGGAAUUAUCAAAAACUUCACAAGACUGAGAUUCCAGAGCAGUUUGGUCCAAUAAGAACAGUAGCAGAAGGGAAAGGUGAUGUUGUAUUGAUAGGCACUACUAGAAACUUUGUUCUACAAGGCACUCUAUCAGGAGACUUUUUUCCAAUUACCCAGGGUCACACUGAUGAGCUAUGGGGACUAGCCAUCCAUCCCUCUAAACCUCAGUUUUUCACUUGUGGACAUGACAAACACAUUACUCUCUGGGAUGCUACUAGUCAUUGUCCUGUCUGGAACAAAAUUAUAGAGGAUCCAGCACAGUCUUCUGGUUUUCAUCCUUCAGGGUCUGUUGUUGCAAUAGGAACACUAACUGGAAGGUGGUUUGUGUUUGACACAGAAACAAAAGAUUUGGUCACUGUACACACAGAUGGAAAUGAACAGCUGUCUGUAAUGCGUUAUUCACCAGAUGGAAACUUCUUGGCAAUAGGUUCCCAUGACAACUGUAUCUAUAUAUAUGGUGUUAAUGAAAAUGGGAGAAAAUAUAGUAGAAUUGGCAAAUGCUCAGGUCAUUCCAGCUUCAUUACUCACUUGGACUGGUCUGUUAAUUCACAGUACCUUGUGUCCAAUUCAGGGGACUAUGAAAUCUUAUACUGGAUCCCCUCUGCUUGUAAACAAGUAGUGAGUGUUGAGACUACUAGAGAUAUAGAAUGGGUUACCUACACCUGUACUUUAGGAUUCCAUGUUUUUGGGGUAUGGCCAGAAGGUUCAGAUGGAACAGACAUCAAUGCUGUCUGUCGAUCACAUGAGAGAAAACUGCUGUCAACAGGGGAUGAUUUUGGCAAAGUACAUCUCUUCUCUUAUCCGUGUUCACAAUUUAGGGCUCCAAGCCAUGUGUAUGGUGGACAUAGUAGUCAUGUAACUAAUGUAGAUUUUCUGUGUGAAGACACCCAUCUCAUCUCCACAGGUGGAAAAGAUACAAGUAUUAUGCAGUGGCGAGUCAUUUAGAGGAAACAUCGGUGUGAACACACACAGUCAUGAGAUGACCAUGCACAGAAGUUCUGUACAAACUGUAUAUUUAAAACUUAAACAGUACAUUUGCAGUUUAGCCUGGUCACUGUGAUUCUGUUUAAAAAUUCUUACAGACCUCAGGAAAAUUAAGCCCCGUGCUGAUUAUCUUACUCAGUUUAGUGAUUCAUUAAGUAUCACUCCUAAAGAAUGAGCUAUAUUUUUUCUUUUGUUGUACAAUAUAUGCAGCAGUACAAGUUUAAUAUAAAAACAUGGCUUGAAAGUUUUCAAUACAGUGAUAUCAGCAGAACUGGUGACUAUCGUAACUGUUUUCUACAAACUCCACUAAAAUGGUCACAAAAAUGCCUUUCAGAAAACUGUAUAUACAUGCUUAAUUGUCUCACUGUCUACACUUUGUACUGUAUAUCUACCUAUUUAGAAAAAUCUAUGGCAGCAACAUUGAGGUACUGAAUUGUUUCUGGUAGAUGGUGAUGAAUUCAUACUAAAAGAAUAAACCUAGCUAGAAGACACAUAAUAAUUAACAUGUUAGAUAUGAAAAUGUGAAUGUUAGAAUUCAGUAAUUUGCAUUUUCUUUGGGAGUAACAAAUCUUUAAAUUCCACCAGUGAGGAACUGUAUUCUCUUUCAAAUCAGCAGGUUAUACUCCAGUUUAACUUGAAUAUCUCAAAAGGGUUUACAGACGUUUAUCUAGUUCAGGUAUUCCAUAUACGCUUAAAUUUAAAACAUCUUUUUUACUUGUAUAUGAACAACUUCUUAUCAAAAACAAAAAGCAAAACUUGACCACAUCCCCACUAUUGGUUAAUAUAUUUAACUAAUAUGUAUAUUAAUCAGCAUGAUGCUAUAUUGUACAUGUAUAAGAUUUUAGCAGUUCAUUAUACAUGGUAAAGCAAUCUAGGCUUUACUUUUUUAUGCUUAUGGAUAUUGUAUAUUUGUAUUUUAAGACCAAGUAGACCAAGUCUAAAGCUAUCUUUUUAAAUGUACCAUAAACCUGCAAAGGGAAAAGGAAGUAUUCGAAGCCUACAUGAAAUAUUAAUGUGUAACUUCUGGCCCCUGUGUUUUGUGCAUGGAUGGAUAUUUAUAGUAUGACAUAAGAUUGUGUUUUGCAAUGAAGUAAUAGUGGAGGUGAUAUAAAAUGGGUAAGAAGGCCUUAUCAAUUUUGAUUGUGAAACAGAUUGAAAUUUAUUGUUUACCUUGAGGAAUGUAUCUAAAGAAUUUAAAAGAGCAGAGUAAUAAGCAGACUCUGAAAAGUUAAUAUUAAAGUUUUGCUUGUAAUGGACAGUAAACGUUUUAAUUCUCUGAACUCUAAAACACUGGUUGUUUGUUUAGAGUGGUUAAAUGAAAUGAAAUCAAUGAAUUUUGAAACCUUUUUUAUUACAUCUCCAGCCUGCUAUAUUGAAAGUGCAGGACAAUAAUAAAUCAUCUAUUAAAGUGCUUUGUUUUGAUGUAUUCUUCCUGUGCAGUUUAACACAAAUUCAUUUCUACAUUAAAGCUUUACUGUGAUCUGC